GUCUCUCGAAUUUGCGACUGUGAAGACAGACAAUCAAUCGCUCAAUCAAGUCUCUUGGUCAAAAUUCUUUUCGGCGUUACGUAGAGCCAUCAUCCAGUCGUGCGUUCCCCGCCCCCAUUAAACCGGAAGGCAUUCCGUGCUGCACCGUACGUACUGAGUGUCCGUCUGUUAUUCAACCGGUCGGAAACAUAUCCGCGCUAUCAACGAAACGCUGUUAGCAAGCGUUACAAUAAACCCAGUUAGCGUCGUGAAAUGGAAAUGGCAGACGAUUUGUUGCAGUGGUGUUUGUUCCAGUUACAGCACAGGUUUGGUCUGGAGGCUUCUGAAGACAUUGUCAAAUACAUUAUAUCCAUUGAAAAAGCGGAAGAGAUUGAGGAGUACGUGGGCGACCUUCUCCAGGGUACAGAUGGCACAAAAGGUCAGUUCAUUGAAGAGUUCCUCAGCAGGUGGAAGAAGACUCAUAGACAGGCAGGAGAUACGGCUGGUCUUUUCAUCCUCAAAGAGUCAGUGCUUGCAACAGAUUCAACCAAAGAUUCCCAGAAGAAGUCCAAACGUAAAGGUCGGCACAAACAAGAAUUAUUGACUGUGAGUCAAACGGACGUUGACCCAGAGACAGUCAAAACCCCCAUUGAGCUCAUGAGGGUUCAAGGAAGUGCUAGUGCUUCUUCAACAAAGAAAAAAAAUAAAUUCACAAAUCUUUAUGCUAAAGAGGGCCAGGACAAGCUGAUGGUUUUACUACCUGGCCGACACAGCUGUGAGUGCCUUGCUCAGAAACAUAGACUCAUCAACAACUGCAUCAGCUGUGGUCGCAUUGUAUGCGAGCAAGAGGGAUCUGGACCAUGUCUCUUCUGUGGUACACUGGUGUGCACCAAAGAAGAACAGGAGAUUCUGCUAAGAGACUCAAACAAAAGCCAGAAACUUAGAAAGAAGCUGAUGGGAGAUGGUGGUGAAAGAGAUUACCUGACACAUCAUGAAGCCAAGAUGAAGGCUGGCUUAGAGAAGGCUGUCCAGCACAAAGACAAAUUGUUGGAAUAUGACCGAACUAGUGUCAAGAGAACUCAGGUACUUGAUGAUGAGUCUGAUUACUUUGGCACUGAAUCUAACCAGUGGUUGUCAACUGCUGAGCGUGACAAGUUAAGGAAAAAGGAAGAGGAGCUGAGAAACCUUCGCCAUGCAUGUCGCAAAGAUCGGAAAAUCACCUUGGACUUUGCUGGUCGACAAGUCCUUGAUGAGGGCAACAACCUGAAUGAAUACUACAACAAGUUAGAAGAGACCCUCCAAGCAAUGAGCAUUGACUCUGCGGCAAAAUCCCCAUUGUAUAAAGGACAAAGUGGACAACAGAACCUCAGACAGCUUGUCAAUCCUAACAUAAAGCAGAGUGCACCAGAAUGGGUAGAUGUUGGGCCCAGUGAGAACAGUAAAAGAAACAUGGAGAAAGGACCGUGUGUGGCACAAGAUAGUAAGACAGGAGAGCGGGCCAAGUUGCGUCUCCAAGACAAAGAGCUGCAGGAGAUGUCUGAUGGUGGCUGGUGCCUCAGCAUGCACCAGCCAUGGGCAUCUCUACUUGUCAAAGGCAUCAAGAGAGUUGAGGGCCGAACUUGGUACACAUCCCACCGCGGCCGUCUUUGGAUUGCUGCCGCAGCCAAGAAGCCCACCCCUCAGGAGAUUGCUGAGGUGGAGGCCAUGUACUCUUCUAUCUACAAAAAAGAGACCAGGUUUCCUUCUGACUAUCCCACUGGUUGCCUGUUGGGCUGUGUCAACGUCACUGAUUGCCUUUCUCAGGAACAGUUUAGAGAACAGUUCCCUAAUAUAUGCGAGGAGUCUUCUUCUCCAUUUGUCUUCAUCUGCAGUAACUCCCAGGAGCUGCUGGUGAAAUUCCCAAUGAAAGGAAAGCACAAGAUCUGUGGAUUGACAAAAGAACUCCAGCCGCUUGAUAUUGGUGUCAACGGGGUUUUCCAAGCUAGACUGCAAACUGUGUGGGAGCAGUGGAUGACAGAAGGGGAACACACAGACAGGGAGACAGCACUGAAUGACAUACACCACUAUCUGCCAGUGGAUCAUAAAUGCCUGGGCUGAUAUAUCAGUCUCAACUGUGGUUGGAGGUUUCAGGAAGGCAGGAAUUUUCACUGGACUGUCAGACCACAGCCUGACUCAACGACUGACAAUUUUGACAAGACGGUGGCCCCCCUACCCCAAAGGUCUGACAUGAGAACUGAUUUCUGGACAGCAGAAAUGCCUGACAGCAGUGCACUUUUUUUUACCGACAGAGAAAAUAGUUUGAUGUGGAAAUCUGGGGCUCUGUGCGGAUGUUGUCUGAGUUUGAAUGACUUAUCUAUUUUGCUGACAUUCCCCUUAGCACAGCUCUAUCUAGUGGCUGCAAAACGCAGCCACCGGUGUAGCUUCUAUUUUAUAUGCCCGAUAAUGCGGUGCGUCCAAUACAGGGGGUCCUCGGUCUACGACCGAGAUCCGUUCCUACACUGGCGACAUAAUCUGAAUUUCUACGUAAAUCGGAUUUCACUGUUAAAGUCAAAAUUUACAAUCACAGCUGGUAUUGUCUCCAGCACUCACACGACCCUCGUGCAGAUACGCGGCUCAAAGUGCGUGGGGGUGGGUACUUUGUAUAAAGAAACUAAAUACAUUAAAAUAAAAAAAUAAGACUCUGUACUUCCCAUUACUGCGAGAGGUGGAUGAUGAAAAAUGAGGGGAGGCUGUGCUUAGCUAUUCCUAAGGAAGCAUGUGCAGGUAGCCCUUGCUAGUGGUAAAUUCUUCCUCAACGUUGUUCCCAUUCUGCUCUUUCAAAGUUAGGAAAAUACACCGUGCGUUUUCGCUUAAUAAACAAUGGGCAAAUAUUAAGCAUUGAUUCUGGUCCUCGAUCCAUAACAUAAACAAUCUUUCCAUCUCAAAAAUGAUCGAAUGAUCAAAAAAGUUGCUUCUUUUUUUUUGUUUUUGUUUUUUUUUUUUCACGAGAAAAGUUGCUUCAUGAUCACUGUACUGUAUUGUUCACCCUGUUCAAACCCUUCACAUGCGCUAAAACCCGGGCUUUUCCUUAAUAAUUAUCGCUAUGUUAAACCGACUCAAGCCCAAGUCUUUACCAAUGUUCGGCGAUGUUACUCCUUAUGAUGUUAAGCUUUGUUUUCAUGGUAAUUGCUUUUCUUUCAGUUUGACCAGCUUUGCUAAAACAAACUGCUUUCUUCUUUGGGCCCAUAAUGUGUAAUACGGUAAAACGGUGAAAAAGGCAAAUAUACUCCCAACACUCAAACACAGAUAAGCAAUAUGCAUAAGCAAAGCAGAAACACUAUGGUGCUGGGGACACAAUGGUGAGACACUGGCGUCGUAAAUUCAAAAUGUUGUUGGUCGAGGAUGUUUUACCCGAGGAUUCCCUGUAUAUGAAAUCAGUUUACAAAUAGGACUUUCAUCGAAGGUGCGCCUUAUACUCCAAAGCGCCUAAUAGAUGUGAAAAUAAGGUAGUAAUUCUGGAAGCAGAUAACUCCUUUUUAAAUGAGGCAGUCUCUUGAUGCAUGACUGGUU